CUCGAAAGUAGUUUCCCUCUCGUCAUCACCUUGCAAAAUGGAGACCAAGGAGAAGAUUGUGCGGUCCCGAAGGUUUGCGAGUGAGAACCUCAACUGCAAACGAGAGUACCGCGAGAGCUCCCUCAAGGAGAAGACGCUCAUGGAACAAGUCCAGAAGUUCGAAGUUCAGGUGGGCACGUCAGACGACGUUGCUGCCUGCCUGCCUGCCUGCAGUGUUGCCUGCACUGCACCCAUCGAUUCAGCUGUCACUCUGUGUCUGUGUGUGUGUGUGUGCGUUCAGUUCCGCACUCUGUAUGGUCCCCGUUUCCUGUUCCUCGCCCCUCCCAACGAGUUCGGUAUCAACAAGUUCCUGCCUACCACCGUGCGGCCAACCAAACUCUCCUACAGGUAUGCGUCAAGGAGUGCACACAGUCCCCAUUCACCAUUCAUGACUGGACUGGGCUGGGGGGGGAGGGGGGGGUGCAGGGAGUUGUAUGACUACCGCAGCUGCGCCGCUUUUUUGUCGGACUUGCUGGGCUACGAGCAUCUUAAUCCGCCUGACGAGCACCCGCCGGUCAUCCCCGCACCUGCUACUGUGCUCAGAUGGCAGGCAAGGCACAACACCACACCACGCAAUCACAUCGAUGAAAGCACGGAUGGAUGGAUGGAUGGCCUCUCCAUAUUCUGGCAGACGGGCGACUGUUUCGACUUUAGCAUCGUGCUGGCGUCCCUGCUCAUCGGUGAGCAGGUGGGCGGGAAGGCAGGCAGCCAGGCAGCAGAGACCUCACAGCCACUUGUCGGUCGUAUGUUGAUACAGGUGUAGGGUAUGACGCCUACUGCGUGAGCGGGACUGCCCCGCGCACCAUCACACUGCGGGACGAGGCGACUUUCCAGUGCCCCGAGUUCGAUGAAACCACCGGGGAGACAAUACAUUACGUGCCCCUGACCGCCUCCUCACCCACCAUUUCAACCGGCGCCAAACUCUGGGCGGAGACUGCCGUGCCCUCAUGCAUGUCUGACAGAAAAGAUGUGAGUUUCUUUGUGCUAUGCAUCGUCCAAGCAACAGCACUGUGGUGAUAUGCAUGUGUUGGUUGUGUCGAUCGUCGGCCGACAGGGAGGGGGCGAGGGUGCGGAUGAUGGCGUGUCGGUGGCGCCAUCCCUGGCCGCCCCGAAGGAGGGCGAGAAGGACCCGACUGAUGUGGUCAUCAAGCCCAAGGAGGCGCCCAAGUCGCAGUUCAUCGAGAAGAUGCAAAGGGAGAAGGACACCAAAGAAGCCGAGGAGAAACGAAUCGUGAGACACAAAGAGAUACAUGUUCUCUCUUUGCGGCUUUUCCUGUCACCUCGUCUAGUGAUGUAUGGAUCUGUUGCUCGUCUGUGGGUUUGUUCAGGCGCAGCAGAGCGACAGUGAGGAUGAGCCGGAGGAGGACAAGGACCCGAUGGAGGGCAAGAGGCUCCACGCAUGGGUGCUCCUCAGAAGGGGACCAAGGGACGUAAGCAAGUCACACACACACAUGGACGGGCACACACCUGGUGGCGCGAGAUAUAUGCUGGCUGCACGGGUGGAUGGACGCGGACAGACACAUAUGUAUGUGUGAUGUCGUGUGCAGGUGUCUGAUGAUUUGUACAUAGAGCCGACCACAGGCCGGCUGUAUUCGCCCCAGGCCUGUCCCUACCACAGCAUCGACCUCAUAUGGAACCACAAAAACCUCUGGGUCGGUUGGUGGGUUGGUGGGAGGCCUGCACUUUCCCUCCUUCAUCUAGGUGCACGUGGAUACAUGUGUGUCGGUCUGUGUGUGGAUGCAGGUGAACCUGCAGCGCGGUCCGAUGAACCAGUUGAGUCUGGAGCUGUUCGACUCCCGGUGCUACGAGUACGUCAUGCCCGACAUCAGAGUACAGGACAGAGAUGCAGACAAGGUGCAUACCUCGGGCACAAAGGGACAGACAGACAGGCAGAGAGUAAAAGACGAUCCUCAAUGUCUCCCUCUCUCUGUGUGUGCGUGUCUGUGUGUGUCUGUCACAUGUAUACAUGUGAAGGAUAAUGACGACGCCAACGAGAAUGAGGACGAGGCUAUCGCCCCGCCGAUGCCCGCCAUGACACCCAAGUCGCCACACACCCCGGCACUCAGCGCACCAGUGGCCAAGCCGUCCCUCGAGGCCGCCGCCGGCGGCGAGCAGACCCACCACCCUGCUGUCCAGGUAGGUAGCUAGGCAGGUAGGCUCUGACGAGACAGAGACACGCGGAGAGACAAGCGGAUGGUCGUUUGGUUGCUCAGACCCUCGACUUGCCGCCCUCUUGGUCCGAGCCGAUAGAGAUAUCGCGGGAGAAAUUCCAGCAGCGCCUCUACUCGAGUGAGGCGACACACACAAAUGUGGCGCGCGUCUAGUUGGAUUGAUGGGUGUGGGAGUGGGUGUGGGUGUGGGAAUGGCCAUGCAGACGAGACGACCAAGUUUUACGAGAAGCUGAAGAUCGAGCGGUACACGGCAUACUCGCAGGCAGACGGGCUGGUCACACGAGUCAGCGUCUACAAGGACACGCACCGCACUGUGCCACUCACCAUACGCGAGUCAUUCAGCCACAGAAGGUAAGCAAGGUGACUGGCCUUUGGUCAUCACACCACCCAUGCCAUUCCUCUGUCCUGCGCAUGCAUCUGCACACACAGGGACAAGUUGGUGCAGCGCGUUCGCAUCCCCCGCGAGCACAAACUCAUUGAGAUAUUCGCACCGGGGCGGCCGGGAGCACUCAAGCGGUUCGAGCAGGUCAGUGAAUGAGCGGCGCUCCACGGUGACUGACUCACUGAGUGUGUGAGUAGAAAGAAGGCUUACCGCGGAGCCUUUUCUGCCGUGUGUCUGUCUCAUGCAUGUCACUCACUGGUGGCAGGUCGAGGCGCGGCGUCGCGAGAUGACAUUCUACAACUCGCGGCUCGACGGACUCAUCAAACACGUCGAGGUCAGUCAGACAGGCAGUGAGAGAGUGAGUUGUGAGAAUGAAAUGACACAGAGAAAGACACAAUCCGUCUCUCACAGCUGAUAGGGGAGAAGAUCUUUGAAUACUUCGAGGAGAGAGAAGACCGGUCAGUCGGUGGGCCGCACGGCACGACACCGCACGGAACGGAAGGGGCACCAUAUCCCGACUCAGUCAGUGCUGGUGUGUGAUGGACGCAGCAUGACGUAUCACUCCAUCACGCUGGACCCGGGCCUCAAGAACGCCAAGGACUUCCUGGAAGUCGAGACAGGCGAGCUGCCCAUCAGAAAAAUGACACAGAAAUUCGCAAGGAAGCCAGACGUACGUAUUCUCUCGUACCCACACAGACACGCACACACAACACGCAGACCAGUGUCGGCUCUCUUUUUUCUGUUGCCAGUAUGAAUGGCUGCGUUCGUUCGUGUGUGUGUGUGCGUGUGUACAGGUGUUGGCGGAGCAGGACGUGCAGAAGCUGGUGUUUUACCUGAGUCAGGGGAAGGUUUGCGUGUACUUCCACACUGACCCCGGCAGGGUCGUCACGCCAUCACUCAUGUUCCAAAAGGCACCACACACACACUCACCCAGUGGCGCCUACACAUCCCCAAUGCAUCGCAUCCACGGGUGUGUGUGUGUGUGUGUGUCUAUAUGCAGGUUGAUUCAGUCAUGAAGCUCGAUGAGGACUACCUCCGCUUCAAGAAGGGCCCGCCCAUCCCGCUUCCCGCCCCGCAACAGGUACUCAGCGGGGAGGGAGAGCGAAAACUUGCUCGAGCCCUUCGUUCUGUGUCUCUGUGUCUUUGCGUCAGAUCCAGAAGCUGCUUCAUCUGCAGAAGGACUGUCUCCUCACCUGGAAGGCCACAGCGCUCUCAAACGCAUACAGCCAACACGCCGUACGCACUCUCUCUCCUCUACACAUACAACACACGGCACACAGCACACAGCACACACCAGCAUGUCCUAUACUCAUUGCAGACGCGGCGUCAGGAGGAGCUGAAGAUCUCGUCGCUCCGCUACGCCGCCCACCACCAGCAGAUGCAGCACAAGGCAGCCACAACCACAGCCGCAGGCGCCGAGCCCGGUGCCGCCUCACCGGUUGCAGCGCCUGGCGCGGCCCCGUCCGGCCCGGCUGAACCUAUCGACUUCUUUGGUAGCGCGAGAAGAGUCAUGGAUCGAUUGUUCUGACAACUGAGCAUUCAAUGGAUACGAUACAGGCCCCAACGGCAUCCUCGAGAAGAGUGUGUAUGACCUGGCCAGGGAACAGGCCCAAGAGGAGUCGCUGGGCGAGGGAACCGAGGAGGAGAAACAAGCCGAGGAGGCCAAAAAGGCCAGACAGACAGACGGACGGACGGGCUGAUAUGAUCGAUUGCCUGGUGUCGGGGUGUGGUGCAGGUUGACACAUUGGCGCCGUAUCUAUUGGAAUUCCCUGGUAGGCGGUGAAGACGAAGCUAUGGGAGGAGACAUGAAUCAUGGUGUCUUGUGUGUGUGGUGUUGUCUUCAGGCAAGACGAUCGACGCCAUGACCGCCGAGAUGAUCGCCAAGAAAUGCAAAAACGACUUCAGAGUACAGACACACAUCCUCACGCUCGCGCACGCGACACCAUCUACUUUCCCUCCCUCUCCUCCCCUUGUGUGUCCCCCCCUCGCCUCGCUUCCCCUUGCCGUUCAGAAGCGUCUGCUUGACCGUGCAGCCAUCAUUCAGCGGCGGCUCGAGGAGGAGCACGACCAGCUCAGAAAGAGAAGGGUGAGGGCGCACCUCGCACGAAGAUGGAUCGCAAGUGUGAGCGUCUUCUGUCUGUCCAUUUCGUCGCUCAGGCUGCCCUACAGCGCCGUGCAGAGGGUCCAAGCCCCGGUGCUGGCCCCGGAGCCGUCGACAAAGAUGAAAAGGGCUUCGAGCAGUACCAGAGUGAGGCCAUGUUUAGGAUACAGAUCCUCGAACAGCGCCUUGCCAGACAUGAGAUGCAGGUCAGAGAGAGGCGGUCGGUAAAUGAGUAGGUGGCUUGAGACACCAGACAGCCCCUGUCUCUCCUGUCUGUCUCUCUGCGCGUGUGCGUAUUUUUCCAGGCGAUUAAGAAGUUUGCUGAACUGGAGAAGUUUUUGGCCGAGGACCCCCGGCUGGCAGCCAUGUGGCAGAAAGGUACACACACACACACACACACACACACGAGCGCGAGCCAUUCCGUGUGUGCCUGUCUCGCGUGUUGAAUCGACUCAGCUGAUGCGGGCCGGACCGAGAGCCCCACAAAGCUGCUGGCAACGGGAAGGAGGAACUAGCCAACCAUACAAACGGCCGCCCAGCUGUCCUCACGACGUCGUGUGGUGGCAGAGAUGGCAGCUGCAGCAGCUGAACCUCAAUUCACAUGAUGCAUGUACUUCGUGUGGCCAUGGUGGAACGAAGCAAUCAUUACGUCUCGAUCGGGCUGGUCGCCGCGUCUGUCUGGUUGAUUGACCUGACUUGGUUUUGGAACGCGCUUUGUGUCAAUCAAGUCAAAAGAAACACUUCGAGAACACAUCCCUGGCUGGCUGAGCCGACAAUCUUGCCCUUAACCACCACCACG